AUUUCCAUUUUCCACACGUUAUCCAUUCAUUCUAUUACAUUACUUUCUACAGAUCAUCGCCUUCUGACAUUUUUACCAUAUUACAAGUCGUAUUAGUCUAAUGACCACCGCGAAAGAUUUAGAAGUCUCGGAUCCGGACCAGGUUCAACUUUGGAGUACAGACAGUGGCAUGGAUUCAAUGACAGACAGUAAUAAAGAUCUGACCCCAAUCGAAGAAAACUUUGAGGAAGAUGAAGAAGUAAGUUCAAUAUUAAGUAUUAAAAAUUAUGAUUUUAUUCAUUUUUAUUAUUAUUUGUAUAGGAUGAAACUUUAGGUGAACGUUUGUGGGCGCUUACUGAAAUGUUCCCAGAUUCUGUACGAAGUAACACUCGUAAGCUAAUCAAUACUACUGGUAAAGUCAUAGUAGGUAAGAUACGGUAAUCUCUCUGUGCACAAGAACUCUGUUAAUUGACUCAAAUUUUUUUAUAGACACUUAUUUGUUUGCGUGUACCUCAACAUGGUAUAUCUCAACAACAGCAGCGCUAUUACUUAUGCCUGUUUUAUUUGAAACUGAACGCAUACAAAUGGAAGAAGCACAAAAAAAUCAUUCUAAACAAGUAAAUAUGUUCAUUGUUUUGUUUAUAAAUGAGUGUAUUGUUAAAGUUUCACUAUCAAUUUAAUAAUAAUUGCUCAACUAGGUACAUUAUAAAGUUAAUUAUUUAAAAAAUAUUUGUGUUUGCUUCAAUGAAUUAAUAUAAAGCUAGAAGUUAGUUUUUAAUUUGACAGCGUGUUGUAAUAUUUCGGACUUGUCAAUUAUUUUAUGAGAUAUAGGUGCUUUCUUUAUUAUAAUAAUUUUUUUUAGUUUUACUUAAGUACGUAGCUACAUAUAUUGAAACAAUUAGGUAACUAGAUAAUGUUAUAUUUUAAAUUUAAAUUUAUUUUUAAUAAUAUAAUUGUACCUAUAAUAAUAAUUUUUUUUUUAUUUUCUAGCUGCUUCUUGGUCCUGGUGGUGCUGGUGGUAACUUAGGCGGCGGAACAACUGUUUUACCCAAUUAAUGUUUUUUUUAAUGUCGUAUAUAUUAUAAUUUAAACCUAUUUACCUUAGUUUAUUAUUUGGCUAAAAUGAAUAUUUGUAAUAAAAUUACACACACAAUUUAAAAAAAUUUGUUUUUUAUUUUUCAAUUAUUAGGAAUUAAGCAAAUAAAACUGUACAUUACUUAAAUGACAAAUUAUAUGUUAUUUUAAAUUGUAUAUGAAAAAUAAAAUAAUUACGAUAUGUAAACUGUAAUUUAGUACUUAUAGUAGAGUCUCAGUAAUCUUACAUUUAAUGAAAUAUCGUGAAACUGAAGCAAUGUUGUAUGUUAAAAUGAUUAUACAAUUAUGUGACUUCAAAAAAUUAAAAAUUUUAAUUUUAAUUAUUUAAUUAUUUUUAAUCAUUAUUAUUGUAAUAAGAAUACUGCAGUAUUUCCAUUAAUAUUACUCAUUAUUAAAUUUUAAUAUAUUAUUACAAUUUAUCUGAUUUAAAUGAUUUUUUUAUUUAGUACAAAACCUCACUAAUACACAACAAAUAAUCUAUUUUAGCAAUAAAAAAAAAAAAAAAAGGAAUUUUAUCAACAUUAACCAAUAUUGUGUACCUUUUUUUGUUUUUAGUUUAAUUCUCAAAUCAUUUUGGGUAUUCAUAUAAGUGUCAGAUCGUUCAUUUGUAAAUAAAUAUAAAGUAAGAUGUUUAAUUUAUUAGAAUUGAGUAAUAUAUUUUAUUUUUCAUUACUUAUAGUUGCUACUCAAAAUAAAUAGAUCAUAAUUAUUGAGACUCUAUAUAAGGGAUAAGUUAGUUGGUGAUUACUCAGCAAGAAUUUAGUAUAUCAAAAAACCAAAAAUAAAUCUGUAGACGUUAUCUAUGCAUCUUUGUCUGUAGGUGUUAAUAUAUAUAUAUUAAGGUGGUCCAAAUCUAUAUAGGCUUAGCAUUUUAUUGAGAAAUUAAAAAUAAAUACCCCCCCCCAUUUUUUAAAUUGAUAUGAAAAAAUAAUUUUGUGAAAAUAUGAACUUGAUAACUCAUUCCAUUCCCGUGCCGAAAUAGGGUUGAAUUAUGGCACAAGGGGUUUGUGUAUCAGUUUUUUUUUUCAAUUAUUUAGAAGUAUUUUUGAUAAUUAAAUUUUUUAUUUAUAAAUAAAAUAUAGCAAAUUAGUCCUAUUUCAUAAUAAUAUUCAAUCUUAAACUGAUUAAAAAAAAUUUGUUUUCAUCAUCUAAUAGUAUUUUUUUCUUAUGAAAUAGGACCUAUUAUGUGUAUAAAUAAAUAAACAACAACUAAAUUAUCAAAGUACUUCGAAAUAAUCGAAAAAAAAUUAUAAGCAAAAUUCUUGUGCCAUAAUUUAGCCCUAUUUCAGCACGGAAAGGGUAUGAGUUAUUGUGUACAUAUUUUCACAAAAUUAUUUUUUCAUAUCAAUUUAAGAUAAGGGGGGGGGGAAUACUCAUAUUGAAUUUUGUAAGUAAGUUUUUUUGGACUACCCUAAUAUAUAUAUAUAUAUAUAUAUAUAUAUAUAUAUGUACAACAAAUUUUUUUUCGUGUAACUUAGUUUGACACUAGUGAAUGACAUUAUAAUAUUAUAAAAAAAUUAAUUUUAAUAAAUCCUUAAUUUUUAAGAGUUAACCAUGAUGAUACAAAUCAAACAUCAAACUCCAAACAAUUUUUAUGACACACUGGUAAAUUUUUUUGUUUUCCUAUAAGUAUACAAUUUAAAAUUCAAAAGUUAUUAUUAAAUAUUGCAUCAUUAAAUAAAAAAGAAAAUAAUAUUAGGACUAAAUAUAAGAUUGUAGCUUUAUAUUUAGAAUUUUAAUUAAUUUCAGAAUGUUUUAUAUUAAUUAAAUAUAAAGGCAUACACUAUAAUUAUGUAAAUGAACAUAAAACUACCUAAUUAAUAAUUGUUUAAUAUUGUCAGUAUUUAUAGUUACAAACUGAGCGCAAUAUAUCCUAUAUUGGUUUUACUAUAGGGUGUGCUCUUUUAGAUUUAGAAUGCAGCAAGGAAUUUAUUGUUUUCACUGUUAUUUUUUUCUUCUGACGAACUAGAAAGUAAAUUAUAGAAACAACGGACAAAUAUUUACGUCAUUACCAGCUCCAGCUUAUGACCUUGCUAAAUACUAAGAUUCUUAUAAAAGAAAAGAAAACGUCAAGAUAAAUCAUUUUAUGAUUGGCACAAUAUUAAUUUUAAUUAUUUU